CAACAAUAUGAAGAAUAUUUAAAUGUAUUUAAAAAAACCUGGAUGCAGCAAUGAAAACAUAAAUCUAACAUGUUACGAUACAUAUAGUAGUGGAGGCCCAUGGGACAAAAAAUAAAUCCACUUGGUUUCAGACUUGGUACAACCAAAGUCAUCAUUCUAUUUGGUUUGCACAACCAAAAAAGUAUUCUGAAGGUUUAGAAGAAGAUAAAAAAAUACGAGACUGUAUUAAAAAUUAUGUCCAAAAAAUAUAAGAAUAUCCUCUGGUAUGGAGGGAAUUGCACGUAUCGAAAUUCAAAAAAGAAUCGAUCUCAUUCAGAUCAUAAUCUAUAUGGGAUUUCCUAAAUUAUUAAUUGAAGAUAAACCCCGAAGAAUCGAAGAAUUACAGAUGAAUGUUCAAAAAGAACUUAAUUGUGUCAAUAGAAAACUCAACAUUGCUAUUACCCGAAUUUCCAAUCCGUAUGGGCAUCCUAAUAUUCUUGCAGAAUUUAUAGCUGGCCAAUUAAAAAAUCGCGUUUCUUUUCGAAAAGCAAUGAAAAAAGCUAUUGAAUUAACUGAACAGGCGAAUACAAAAGGAAUUCAAGUACAAAUUGCAGGACGUAUCGACGGAAAAGAAAUUGCACGUGUUGAAUGGAUCAGAGAAGGCAGAGUUCCUUUACAAACAAUUGAAGCUAAAAUUGAUUAUUGUUCCUAUACAGUUCGAACUAUUUAUGGGGUUUUAGGAAUAAAAAUUUGGAUAUUCGUAGACGAAGAAUAAAAAAACUUUAUUUGUCUUUACAUUUUAUCCAAUGAUAAAAAACGAAAACUAUGUAGUAUAACACUAUAAAGAAAUAAAAAUAAAAACUUGUAGUCUUCUUUUUUAUGUUUAAGAAAAAAAAAUAAGCAAUUCUAUAAGGUUGAAUAAACAUUUCCAUCAAAACUCCUUUGAUAUAAUUGCUAUGCUUAGUGUGUGACUCGUUGGUUUAGGGUUAGAUUACGAUAAAAAAAAAAAAGAACUUACCAACUAAUAACUACAGCAUUAAUAAAUAACCUAAGCAACUCAUUGCUUCGCAUUAUCUGGAUCCAAAAAAUUAGUCAAGAUAUGAUAGGCUGAUCAUAUCAUUGGAGCAACUGACUAAAAAAAAAGAAUAAAGAAAGAUGAUUAUUAAGUUAUGAAAGGUAAUCAAAAAGUAUGCGGAUAAAUGGAAGGAUGAAAGAAAGAGCGAAAAAAUUGAAUAUUAAUGAUAUAUGAUUCCAAUUUGGAAAAUCUAUGAGGUCACUGUAAGAAAAGCAAUGUAAUAAAGCAUCAAUACAGAUUCAUUCAUAAUAAUUAGAUAAAUAAUAAUAAUUAGAUAAAUCUGUUCCGAAAACAAAAAAUUAAGAGCCUUGAGACAAUCAAAACUGAGAAAAUUGCCUCAAAAAAAAAAGAAAUUCAAAAUUUCAUGUAAAAGCUCCAUUGUAGAAUUCAGGCCUAAUGAUUAAUCAAGAAGCGAUGGGAACGACGGAACCCAUGAAUAUAUAGGAUUCUAGUGAACAAGAAAUCUUAGUAAUUCAUUGGACAGGAUGGCGGAAUAAACCAGAAACUUUAUUAUCUAUUCUGAUUUUGAUUCUGAGACCUCGGGGGAUAAACAGCAAACUUAAAUAGAUAUUGAAAGAGUAAAUAUUCGCCGGCGAAAAAUUGGUUUUUUUUUUUCAAAUAAAAACAGUAAUAAAAGAUGAAAAAAACAAUGAAAAAAAAAUAAGGAUUUGUUAUAAUAUUCUAACUCUAAUAAAAAUUACAUUUGUAAUGAUGAUAUUACGUUAUUUUUAAAUAAAUCGAAAUAAAAUUGAUCUUUGAUUCUAUUUCAAAAAAGACAUACACAAAUUUAGAAGAGAUAAGAUGAAAUAAAAAAAAAAUACCAUGAUUAAUAGGAUUAAUCAUUAACUACAUCUAUAUCUUAAUUAAUCCUUUUAUUCGCGAGGAGCUGGAUGAGAAGAAACUCUCACGUCCAGUUCUGCAGUAGAGAUGGAAUUUCUCAUUUAGAAAAAACCCAUCAACUAUAACCCAAAAAGAACCAAAUUUCGUAAACAACAUCGAGGAAGACUAAAAGGAAUAUCCUCUCGUGGGAAUCGUAUUUGUUUUGGCAGAUAUGCUCUUCAAACACUUGAACCCGCUUGGAUUACAUCUAGACAAAUAGAAGCAGGGCGACGAGCAAUGACACGAAAUAUACGACGUGGUGGAAAAAUUUGGGUACGUAUAUUUCCAGACAAGCCAGUUACAGUAAGACCCGCGGAAACGCGUAUGGGUUCUGGGAAAGGAUCCCCAGAGUACUGGGUAGCUGUGGUUAAACCAGGUAAAAUCCUUUAUGAAAUGGGUGGUGUACCAGAAAAUAUAGCCAGAAAAGCUAUUUCAAUCGCGGCAUCAAAAAUGCCUAUAAAAACCCAAUUCAUUAUUUCUGAAUAGGAAUAUAGAAUGAAAAAGCUAAAUAACAUUUAAGGAUAAAAAGAUUCUAAGUUUUUUUUGACAAACAAUAUUUUUUUUACUUCGUCCUUUGCACUAAAAGAAGAGAUACAAAAAUAUGAUUCAACCACAAACCUAUUUGAAUGUAGCAGACAACAGCGGGGCUCGAAAAUUGAUGUGUAUUCGAAUAAUAGGAGCUAGUAAUCGCCGCUAUGCUCAUAUUGGUGACGUUAUUGUUGCUGUAAUCAAGGAAGCAAUCCCAAAUACUACUCUAGAAAGAUCAGAAGUGGUCAGAGCUGUAAUUGUACGUACUUGUAAAGAACUCAAACGUAAGAAUGGGACGAUAAUACGAUAUGACGACAAUGCCGCAGUUGUCAUUGAUCAAGAAGGAAAUCCAAAAGGAACUCGCGUUUUUGGGGCGAUCCCACGGGAAUUGAGACAAUUAAACUUUACUAAAAUAGUUUCAUUAGCUCCUGAAGUAUUAUAAGACCUAAAUAUCGAUAGUUAAUAUAGGAUAGGAUUAAAAAAAUGGUAUUGAAAUCAAAUUAAUUAUAAUUAAUAGAUUGUGUAUCACGCAUAUACCCUUAAUAAUUUUAUAUAUUAAUAAUUGAAUUCAUAUAUUAAUAUAUAAUUCGUCUCUAUUUUUAUAUAAAUAAAAGAAAAAUAACAUGUUGAUUAUAUCAAAAUUAUAGAACAAUUAAGGAAUUUUAACUUAUCAUGGGGAAAGACACUAUUGCUGAUAUAAUAACCUCUAUACGAAAUGCUGACAUGAAUAGAAAAGGAACAGUUCGGAUAGGAUCGACUAACAUCACCGAAAGCAUUGUUAAAAUACUUUUACGAGAGGGUUUUAUCGAAAACGUAAGGAAACAUCGCGAAAACAAUCAAUAUUUUUUGAUUUUAACCCUAAGACAUAGACGAAAUAAGAAAGAAUCCUAUAAAACGAUUUUAAAUUUAAAGAGAAUAAGCCGACCGGGUCUACGAAUCUAUUCUAACUCUCAACGAAUUCCACGAAUUUUAGGCGGAAUAGGAAUUGUAAUCCUUUCAACUUCUCAAGGUAUAAUGACAGAUCGAGAAGCUCGACUAAAAAGAAUCGGCGGAGAAAUUUUGUGUUAUAUAUGGUAAUCCUUCUAAUAUCAAAAUUGGAUAUCCGGAACUUAGCAUUUGUGAAAAAAAAGGGGGGGGGGUUGUGUAAUACCACCCCUGCUAAAAAAGUUUAGAAUUUUUUACCCCGAAUGAAAUUAAAGAAAAAAAUGAAUUAAUGAAAGUUUUCUUUAUGAAUCACUUCCGAACGGUAUGGUUCGAUUUUGUUUAGAUACUAAAGAUUUUUUUUAUUUUAGGUCAUGCUUCUGAAAGGAUUCGACAUAUUUUUGUAUAGGUAUACCUAUAGGAGAAAAAGGGGGGUAAAAAUUUUAGUAAGUUCUUAGGUAUUAAGUUAAUCGGGGAACAGCCACUUUCUAGACUCCAUAACAAGGAUUCAAAUAAGUCAGUGGUUUUUUGAAAUUCAACAUUCCUUUCACGAAGAUACAAUUCAAGAUUCAAAAAUAUCAAGAAACCUUUUUUUCGUCCAACAAUAAGUAUAUUAAGAGAAUUAAGGAAUAACAACUAUGAAAAUAAGGGCUUCCGUUCGUAAAAUUUGUGAAAAGUGUCGGCUAAUCCGUAGGAGGGGACGAAUUAUAGUAAUUUGUUCCAACCCGAGGCAUAAACAAAGACAAGGAUAAUCUUACUAAAGGAAAAGGCACUUCCAAGGAGCUAGUAAAAAAAAGGUCCGUUUUGACAUGAAAUGGAUAUAUCCAUAUAUUUCUUGUGAAAUGAAAAAAUAUGGCAAAACCUAUAUUAAGAAUUGGUUCACGUAAAAAUACCCGUAGUGGUUCACGUAAAAAUGUACGUAGAAUACCAAAGGGAGUUAUUCAUGUUCAAGCAAGUUUCAACAAUACCAUUGUGACCGUUACAGAUGUACGGGGUCGGGUGAUUUCUUGGUCCUCCGCGGGUACUUGUGGAUUCAGGGGUACAAGAAGAGGAACACCUUUUGCUGCUCAAACCGCAGCAGGAAAUGCUAUUCGAGCAGUAGUGGAUCAAGGUAUGCAACGAGCUGAAGUAAGGAUAAAAGGCCCUGGACUAGGAAGAGAUGCAGCAUUACGAGCUAUUCGUAGAAGCGGUAUACUUUUAAGUUUCGUACGAGAUGUAACCCCUAUGCCACAUAAUGGUUGUAGACCCCCUAAAAAACGACGUGUAUAGAACUAAAUAAAGGCUGAAAGGGUUUCAAGAGAAAUAAAUGAUUCAAUGAUCUGAUCAAAUAAAAUUACUAUGGUUCGAGAGAAAGUCAAAGUAUCUACUCGGACACUACAGUGGAAGUGUGUUGAAUCAAGAAGAGACAGUAAGCGUCUUUAUUAUGGACGCUUUAUUCUGUCUCCACUUAUGAAAGGUCAAGCCGACACAAUAGGCAUUGCGAUGCGAAGAGCUUUACUUGGCGAAAUAGAAGGAACAUGUAUUACACGUGCAAAAUCUGAGAACAUACCACAUGACUAUUCUAACAUAGUCGGUAUUCAAGAAUCAGUACAUGAAAUUUUAAUGAAUUUGAACGAGAUUGUAUUAAAAAGUAAUCUAUAUGGAACGCGCAACGCGCUUAUUUGUGUCCAAGGUCCCGGAUAUAUAACUGCUCGAGACAUAGUUUUACCGCCCUCUGUGGAAAUCGUUGAUAAUACACAGCAUAUAGCUACCUUAACGGAACCAAUAAAUUUGUGUAUUGGAUUAAAAAUCGAGAGGAAUCGCGGAUAUAGUUUAAAAAUGUCAAAUAACUUUGAAGACCGAAGUUAUCCUAUAGAUGCUGUAUUCAUGCCUGUUCAAAAUGCGAAUCAUAGUAUUCAUUCUUAUGGGAAUGGGAAUGAAAAACAAGAGAUUCUUUUUCUAGAAAUAUGGACAAAUGGAAGUUUAACUCCUAAAGAAGCACUUCAUGAAGCCUCCCGGAAUUUGAUUAAUUUAUUUAUUCCUUUUCUACAUGUAGAAGAAGAAACGUUCUAUUUAGAGAACAAUCAACAUCAAGUUACUUUACCCCUUUUUCCUUUUCAUAAUAGAUUAGUUAACCUAAGAAAAAAAAAAAAAGAACUAGCGUUUCAAUAUAUUUUUAUUGACCAAUUAGAAUUGCCUCCCAGAAUCUAUAAUUGUCUCAAAAAGUCCAAUAUACAUACAUUAUUGGAUCUUUUGAAUAACAGUCAAGAAGACCUUAUCAAAAUGGAACAUUUUCACAUAGAAGAUGUAAAAAAGAUAUUAGACAUUUUAGAAAAAAAAUAAAAAAAGCAUUAAAAAAAUUUGACUAAAAAGUCAAUUUAAAAUUGAAAUGGAUUUUAAACCUUCAACGUAAUUUCGAUUUUCCAGUCAAACCUAUUUUACUUAAUAAAAUUAAUUUAGAUAUGUAUCUAGGGAGAAUUCAUUUUGAAAUGACUACUCCCUAGAUACCCACGCCUUUUAUUUUACAAUUGAAUAAAUUUAAUUAAAAAAGACCUAAAGUUAGAGAUUUAUCAAUUGGUAAUGUUGCUCCAAUACCUAACCACAGGGCCACCACGGUGCCAAUCAAAAAGACGGUUGUCGCGACUGGACGACGAAAUGGAUUUUGGAACUUAUUAACAUUUUCCAAAAAGGGUACGGUUAAUAAUCCCGCCGGUACUGAAGCCAUUAAAAGAACACCCAAUAAUUUGUUAGGCACUGUACGAAGUAUUUGAAAUACAGGAAAGAAAUACCAUUCAGGUAAUAUUUCCAAAGGAGUUGCAAAAGGAUCCGCAGGUUCACCAAUCAUUGAUGGUUCUAAAACCGCUAAGCCUACGUUACAGGCAAUGGUACCAAGAAUGACUACUGGAAAAAUAUAUAAAAGAUCAUUGGGCCAUGCGGGCUCUCCGUAAUAAUUAUGACCCAUACCUUUAGCUAAUUUAGCUCGUAAUACAGGAUCAUUCAAAUCUGGUUUUUUUGUUACUCCCAUAAUCCAUUUUCUCUUCAUAGAAUUCCCUUCAACUUUUUAUGUCAAAAAAAUAAUACAAUAUUGUGGAGUUGAAGGGAAAUAUCCAAAUACAUGUCUUAUUUUUUUAAUAAUCCAUAUUUAUAGCAAUAAAAUACGAUUGUUCCUUCACCAAGUAAUAAGAUAAAUUAGUAAUUAAAAAUAUCUAGAAUCUAUAUUAUUUAUAAGGGACCAGAAAUACCUUGCUUACGUAUCAUUAAGAAAUGCAUUAACAUAAAUACAGCCGUAAGAAGAGGUAAUACAAAAGUGUGUAAACUAUAAAAACGAGUCAAAGUGGAUUGUCCAACACUAGCACUUCCGCGUAAUAAUUCUACAAGAGGCGAUCCUAUUACCGGAAUAGCGUCAGGUACACCUGUUACAAUUUUGACUGCCCAAUAGCCAAUUUGAUCCCAAGGUAAAGAAUAACCUGUUACACCAAAAGAUGCGGUCAAUACACCCAGAACCACACCAGUAACCCAAGUUAAUUCGCGAGGUUUUUUAAAACCACCGGUGAGGUAUACACGAAAUACGUGCAGGAUCAUCAUUAGGACCAUCAUACUUGCCGACCAUCGAUGAACUGAUCGGAUUAACCAACCAAAGUUAGCUUCAGUCAUUAUAUAUUGAACAGAAGCAAAAGCCUCAGUAACAGUUGGACGGUAAUAAAAAGUCAUAGCAAAUCCCGUAGCUACUUGUACUAAAAAACAAGUAAGGGUAAUUCCUCCUAGACAAUAAAAUAUGUUGACAUGCGGAGGAACAUAUUUACUAGUUAUAUCGUCUGCAAUCGCUUGAAUCUCAAGACGUUCUUCGAACCAAUCAUAAACUUUAUUGAGAUAGGUAAACCAAGGUUCCUCCCCCUCCAAGAACUGUAUAUGAGAAUUUCAUCUCGUACAGCUCAAACAAAAAAAAGACCCAAAUACUGAUUGAAACGGAUAUGGAAUAUAAAGUUUUAAACUUCUCUCUCAUUCAAUAUUAUUUAAGAGUCAAAAUGCGAAAGCUCUUCUUUGUGGUUAAAUGCCAAAAACUCAAGUCAGCUCAUACGUCUUUAUGUUGUGUUGAUCGUUACAGGCCUCUUGAAUCUUCUAGAUUACCUACCGUUAUUGUCUUUUUUAGUUGGUAUUUGUAUGGAAUGGGAAUACGGAUUUCUUCUUGUUUUCUUUAUUAUUGAUAGGAAUUUUCUUGUUAAGACCCUACUUAUUAAUUGAAACCUCAGAUUCAUACGAAAACCACGAUAAUUCAAUGAAACCUUCAAAGUCCAAAGUUCACUGAGUGAGAACCAUUGGAUCAUCACUUAUUCAAUAAAAAAAAAAAGAGCUAUAAUGAUUAAAAACAUAAAAUACAAAGAAGCGUUUGUCCUUUGAUCUAAAUAAGAGUUUAAAAGCAGAAAAAAAUUGAUUUAUGAAAAUUUAUAAGAUAGAACGGAAAGAAGUCCGGCUACGAGGUCUAAGUAUUAAGUAUGAAUCAUAGUUCGAAAACUUUGUGAUCUAUUUGAUCUAUUUCGUGCUCCAGAUACUCGAAUGAAUAUCCGACGAAAUAAAACCAUCUUGAUAAAGAUGACAGACCCCCUUCUCUGUACUAUCCAUAGGGUCAAUUCUAACAAGUCACACACUCAUAUUCCGGAAAUAUACAAUGCAGAAAAAAAUUUCGCGGUCGAACUACCAAAGGAGAAUAGGUGCAAAAUUUUAGACCUACAUACUUUACUUUUUUGUAUCGAACAAAAAGCUAGCACUUCAAGAUUCUUCUCAGUCUAAUUCAUUGAAAUUCCAUCCAGUAGAACAGAGGAAUUAUAAAUCUCCAAAAUAAUAGAUAGGAAUACCGCAAAUAGUGCCAUUGCAACACCCAUCAAAGGGGUCGUUCCCCAUCCAGGAGCUACUUUACCAUAUUCAGAAUUCAACGGUUUCAAUAACUUCCCUACAGUAGUGCUUCUUGGACCAGAUCUAGAACUAUCUUCAACAGUUUGUGUAGCCAUAAAUCUUAUUUUGUAUUCAUUACGAUCUGUUGACUUUGUAUACCAUUCCGUUGUAAAUAAACGAUCUUAGCAUAGAUCCAUUGUGGUCUUUCAAUUAUAUAAUAAUGGAAACAGCAACUCUAGUCGCCAUCUUUAUAUCUGGGUUACUUGUAAGUUUUACUGGGUAUGCUCUAUAUACUGCCUUUGGGCAACCCUCUCAACAACUAAGAGAUCCAUUCGAGGAACACGGGGACUAGUUGACGUAAUCAGCCUCCAAAUAGUUGGAGGCUGAUUACGUCAAUGAAGAGAAUGAAAAAUUAUUUCAUUUUUUAGUUGAAAUUGUAGGCGGUUCCCGAAAAAAAAUAGCGAAAAAAAUGAUCCCUAAAGUCGAUACUAAGAGAAAUGUAUAAACCAAUGCUUCCAUAAAUUUGAUCGUGGUUUACAAUUAUAGCUUUCAUACCUGUUUUGUUUAUGUUUACUGAAGGAGUAUACCUCCGGAUAAAGAACAAAAAAGAGUCAAAGAAACGGCAGCGAUUUAAA